GUGUUUCGUCGCACUGAGCAUAGUGGAUAGAUUUCAAAAGUGUGCCAUUCCGUCUUACGUUGCACUGAACAAAGUGGAUAGAUUUCAAAAGUUUGCCAUUCCCUUAUAAUGCCGUUGUGUUGGUGAGACGAUAACAAUAAUCGGCGCUGAUAUUCUCCUAACCGUGUAAUUUGUCCAUACCGGAAAUGAGUUGACUGAUGUGAAUUCUUGGGGAAGAAAAUGGAACUUCUUAUAAUGGCUAUUCUGAUUGUAAAAGGAACCUUGACAUUUGGAGAUGAAAACGAGUAUAGACUGGUCCGCGAUUUGUUCAAAUCAUAUGACAAAAGAGUUCGACCGUCGAAUCAUUACAGUAAACCCGUCAAUAUGACGUAUGCAGUAGCUUUAGCUCAAAUCAUAGAUGUGGAUGAAAAGAAUCAAAUAAUUACUACAAAUUGUUGGCUCAAUCAAAACUGGCUGGAUCCAAAACUAAUUUGGUCGCCAAGCAAAUACGGAAAUAUCACCGUGAUACGUAUCCCGUACAAAGACAUAUGGAGACCAGAUGUUGUCUUAUACAAUAAUGCGGACGUCAGCUCAACUGUAACAUCUGUCAGUUCAAAUGUUAUGAUUGACCAUACCGGAAAUGUCACGUGGUUGUCUAUGUCUAUUUUUAGAAGCUCUUGCUCAAUUGAUGUUAAAUAUUUUCCUUACGAUAUACAAAACUGCACAAUGGAUUUUGCAUCAUGGUCAUACGGUAUUGCCGAGUUAAAUGUAAUAAGUAAGGACGACAAAGGGGACAUUUCAAAUUAUGUGCCAAGCUCGGAGUGGCAGUUACUACAUUAUCAACCGAAACGAACACUUGUCAAGUUCUCGUGUUGUCCAGAUGAUGUGCCUUUCAUGAAAUACAUUAUAAUCAUAAAGCGGAGACCAUUGUUCUAUCUGUUUAAUAUGGUUAUGCCAUGUAUUCUGAUAACGAUUGUUGCUCUUCUUGGAUUCUACAUGCCCCCUGAGUCCGGAGAAAAGGUGUCGAUGGGAAUUACUACACUGUUAUCUAUAGUCGUCUUCCUUAUGAUAGUUGCUGAAAGUAUGCCUCCGACAUCAGAUGUAGUGCCUCUUAUAGGAUUAUAUUACGGUGUAACUAUUGCAAUUGUAUCAUCUGCUACGGCUAUGACGGUGCUAACGUUAAAUAUUCACCACAAGGGGGCACGAGGUAUAGAGGUACCACAUUCAGUGAAAAGAAUGUUUUUCGGUAUUAUUGCCAAAAUAUUGUUCAUAAAGCUAGAUCUUCCGUCGCCCCCGCCGGGACCUGGUUUGUCGAGGAUACCACUUCAUGACCACUGUCAGUAUGACACUCCAGACUUUGAUGCAGAGAUACCAGCACAAAAUGGCGGAUUGUCGCCGCGCUUUGUUAACAGACUGCGUGUAGGCGGUGCCACUCCAACCGCGAGUGAUAAUGUUGAACAACAAUUUUUAAAAGUGUUGAAAAAAGUGUAUGAAACUAUUGAAAGAAAUGAAACGAGGUUACAAGAACAAGAUAGGAAGGAUAUUUUAAAACAAGAAUGGCAGCAAUUGGCGUUAGUUUUGGAUAGGCUUUUGUUGCUUGUGUUUAUUAUAGUAACAGUAACGGUAACUCUAGUUGUGAUGAUUCCCCAAGAUUACACCUUGACAUAUACACCCACAUAGAGAAAGUCAGUGUUGAAAAUAACAUUCACUUUGUCUUUAGAGGUUCUAUAAAAGAAGGCAACUUGCGCGCAUAUUAAUACACAAAUGCUUUUUUGCAUGAUAUUUUAGGCAGAAUUCAUAAAAUUUAGAUGAAAGAAUGAUAAUGUUUAAGAUGUCAAUAAAUUCAAAUUAUCUUCUAAGCGGUGCAAUUUGUUAGUCGACGUCACGAUUGUGAUAUUGUAAAUGACACUGAACAUUGUGAGUUAAAUAUAAGGGCAUGUGAAAAAAAAUGUAUGUCCAUUAAACAAACAUGUGAAAACAACAAUAGUAGGAAUUGGAUAUGUGUAUUGUGCUAAUAUGAUCAACAACUUGAUCUUUUCACGUAAAACAUGAGACAUGGGAUUGAAACAAGCGUAAUGUAUUGUGCCAUUAUGAAGGUUUAGCUGUGUACUCUAUAUGUUAUCGUAUUCAAGUAAGUAGCCAAAAACGGAAUUUAAUGUUACUAUUUAGUGGGGAGCUUACAUGUAUGUAUUUAAAGGAUCAAGACUAAAAUAUGUGAAGCCAAGGUUUUAAAAGCGUGUGUUUUAUUUAAAUUGUAACAGUUGUUUUCCGGCGUUUUACACUGAGUCGACAUCAUCAUUGCAGAUAACCGCAUAAUUAGGAAACAGGGUUUUUCCGAAACGUUCAAAUGUUAUCCUCGGAUUUGUUCAUGAUUUUAAAACCUUGAUGUUUUAUUUUGUGUAUAUAGUGAUAGAAUAUUUUGAAGUCAGCGACUUCACUUUCUUAACUUUUCAUGUACUUUUAUUAAAAUGUAACACAUAUCAUUAUAAUGAAAUAUUCAAAGUGAUGGUAAACAUUUUAUCUAUAUUUAGUAUGUGUAUAGCAGCAUAAUAUGGCAAAGCACUGAAGGAAUUAAUUUUCAACUCUACCGGGUAUUUUGAUAAUAAAUAUACUGACUACCAGUUUUAAAAAGUUGGUCUGCAAAUAUUAGCAUUUACAAAUAAUGCUAGGAAUAGCCGUUCUGUCGGGUAUUAGGAUUUUUUUUCGUGAAAUAGACUUCUUCCAGAACAAUAGAGGUCUACUUUAAAUUUAGAUUCAAUUUAUUUGUAUUCCGACACAAAAUAUUGCAGUCAUUAUACUAUAUUAAUUCAGUUUGGCUUAGGGUAGGUGGUGUGUGGGUUGAAAUGAUCAAAUCUUGUUAAUUGUAUAUGUUGUUGUCCAGGAAUGGCGACAAUAAAUACUUCAAAGAACUGUUCUUUGGUUUUAAUUUACCAACUAAGAUGUGGUUACACUAUGAGGUGAUGUAAUUGAUUAAUGAUUUUUCAGACAGUCCUGACAACCAGUAGAAGAACAUACCAAAACAUGUUCACUAAUCAAAUGCUAUUUUUGAUUGCUUAGUAUUUUGUUUGAAUAUGAUUCGAUCAAUGGUAAAAUUAUUAAUCAACAUAAUAUCUUUUUCACAAACUGUCCUAAUUAAAAUUGAAUUCAUUUAUCCGUGUAUAUAACGUGUCACAUGUAACUUAUUAUGUUUUCUCUUCUUUAAAUGGUAUAAAUCUAUAUCUUAUUAUUUUUUAUAUAUAUUUUUAAGAGUAAAUUAUGUUAUUUUUAACAAUCGGUAAUCUUAUGGUAAAUCCUUUAGAAAACAAUGUAACGUAAUAUUUUUAAUACACUUGAAUAUAAUAUGUAAGCAGAAUUGCGUGUUUUGAAACAAAAUAUUAUGCUUCUAUUUUAUGUAGGUUUUUUAUUACUGUUUAGCAAUUAUUUCAUCCAUAUGCCAUUCAUUCUUAAUAAAAAAUACAGACAUGUUUCUUACAUAUCGGCAUUUUUAGGUAUUAUUUUCAAAAUUCAUAUAACAAUUUUUGCAGAAGACAUAAACACUUUAAAACAUCCUUAAUAAAGUCUUUCUUAGUGUAACAUUUUAAAAAUUUCUACAACAGAAUUCUUACUUGACUCGGUUUCAAAGAUAAAAUGAAGAUCCUAUUCAAU